AUGACCGCAGACAUUGAAAAAAUGUAUUUGCAAGUAUUCGUGCAUGAAAAUGAACUAAGAUUUCAGCGCAUCUUGUGGCGCAACGAUAACAAGGUUAAGACAUUUCAGCUCAAUACGCUCGCAUUCGGGGUAGCCUCCUCUCCUUUUCUUGCGAUUCGCACCCUCCAAAAACUCGCGGAGGAUGAAUGCAACGCCUUUCAGAAGGCAGCUGAAGUUCUCAAGACGCAUUUGUAUGUGGACAACUUGCUGUCAAGGGCGAAUACCAUAGACGAGGCGCGAUUGAUUAGGGACGGCUUAAUUGCCAUUCUCGCGCGCGGAGGUUUUAAUAUCAGGCAAUGGGCAUCUAAUGAUGAGCGUAUCAUCAAUGAUUUGCCGGCGCGCGCAUUACGCUCAAGCCUUGCACUUGACGCGGAUAAUUCUUUGAAAACAUUAGGAAUCACAUGGGGAGUACGCGACGACGAAAUAUGCUACACCACUAAUCCGAUUAAAAUCAAUGAAAGAUUGACAAAGAGAAACGUAUUAUCCGCGGUAGCAAAAAUUUUUUAUCCAUUAGGCUUGUUGGAAUGGCUAGAGUUCGCUCGACAAUUGGAAUUAAUUGAUCAAAUCACCUUUCCCCGUAAGUUAUUUGUUGAAGAUUGCCGUGAAGUGCAAAUUCACGGGUUUUGCGACGCCAGCAAUAUCGGCUAUAGAGCAUGUCUGUAUGGGCGCUCGGAAGGGAGAGGCGGUUUCACGGUUUCUAGAAUAUUGUGCGCUAAGUCGCGAGUCGCGCCUUUGAAAACACUCACGUUACCGCGACUUGAACUUUGCGGAGCUUCCUUACUGGCUCACUUAUAUCGCGACGUAAGCCGCACUCUAAAUAUCGUGCCUAGUAAAACGAUUUUUUGGAGCGAUUCGACCAUCGUCUUGCAUUGGUUAAAAACUUCGCCAAAUUCGCUCAAGACUUUCGUUGCCAAUCGAGUCGCACAAAUUCAGGAGUUUACUAGCGUAGGCGAAUGGCGGCAUGUCCGAUCCGAGGACAAUCCGGCCGAUGCGGUGUCAAGAGGCCAAUUGCCUCACGCACUAGCGCGUAAUCGUACCUGGUUCGCGGUCAUG